AUGAGCAGCAGCCUCACCAAACUCGCCCAGUUCGGCGUCAAGCACGUGGCCAAGGGCAUCGGCCGCCUCUCCACCGAAGUGCUGGAGUCCGGCUGUGGCAGCUAUGUCACCACCGUCGAAGGUCGCCGCAUGCUCGACUUCACUUCGGGCAUCGGCGUCACCAACCUCGGCCACUGCCAUCCCGCCGUGACCAAGGCCGCCCAGGCGCAGGUCGGCAAGCUGGUGCACGGCCAGGUCAACAUCGCCUUCCAGAAAUCCUACCUGGAUCUCGUCGACAGCCUGCUGUCGCUGAUGCCGCACCCGUCGCUGGACACGUUCUUCUUCUGGAACUCCGGCGCCGAGGCCGUGGAGGCCGCGGUGAAGUUGGCGCGCCAUGCGACGAAGAAGCAGAACGUCGUGGUGAUGCAGGGCUCGUACCACGGACGCACCUUCGGCACCAUGGCCAUGACGAGAAGCAAGACGGUGUACGGCGAGAACUACGCACCGCUGAUGCCGGGCGUGUUUUCGGUGCCGUUCCCCUACUGCAAGCAGUGCUCUAUUGCCUCACAUUCGGGUGGCAAGUUCGGCUUUGAGAAUUGCUGCAUGGACCCCGUGCUGCAGCUGGAGUUGCUGUUGAAGCGGGAGACGGCGGCGAGUGAUACGGCGGCCGUGGUGGUCGAGACGGUGCUGGGAGAGGGUGGAUACGUUCCUCCUCCUCCGGGCUACCUUGCCAAGCUGAGGGAGAUCUGUGACAAGAACAACAUCCUGUUGAUCGUGGAUGAGGUCCAGUGCGGCUUUGGCCGAACAGGCAAGAUGUUCGCUAUCGAGCACUACGACGUCCGUCCGGACAUCAUGAUCAUGGCCAAGGGUAUCGCGAACGGCUUCCCGCUGUCCGGUAUCGUAGCCAGCAAGGAGUUGAUGGAUUUGCAAAAACCCGGCUCGAUGGGCGGAACCUACGCUGGCAACGCAGUGUCAUGCGCAGCUGGUGUCGCCGUCGCCAAAGCAUUCAAGGAUGAGAAGAUCCUGCAGAACGUCGAGGCUCGUGGCUCGGAACUCCGAGGAGCGCUGGAAGCUGCUUGGAAGGAUCCGAAGACGGGGAAGAUGAUCUACGACGUGCGGGGCUUGGGACUGAUGCUCGCAAUGGAGUGCACGCCUGGCAAGGGGUUUGCGAGCAAGAUACAGGCGAAAUGUAUGGAGAAAGAUAUGCUGGUCUUAACGACUUCCAUCUAUGAUACGCUCAGGUUCAUCCCACCGUUGAACAUUACGAAGGAGGACAUGGCGCUGGGCAUCAAGAUCAUUACGGAUGCGAUACAUGAGGUUGCUGCGGGUGAGAAGCCUGAGGAAACAGGAUCGAAGGGUCAGGCUUUGGAGUAA